AUGAAACCACAAAUAACGCAACAAGAAGGAUUAUGUGAUGAUGCUAUAGAGCUUGAAAAACUUGUAUCUCAAAUGAAAGAAUUAAUGGUUGAACAUGUAAACAAUAGUCGAAAACCUGGUGCAUUAGUCUUAGAUUAUAAAUCACCAAAAGAAUUAAAGCAGAUAAUGGAUUUAGAACUAGGAUAUGAUGGUAUUGGAGUUGAAGGAUUGAUGCCAUUAAUACAAAACAUAUUAAAAUAUAGUGCUAACACAUGGCACCCGGGUUUUAUGGACAAAUUAUAUGCAGGCACAAAUCCUAUCGGUAUCAUAUCUGAAAUAUUGCUAUCAUUAUUGAAUGCAAAUUCACACGUUUAUCAUGUUUCACCUGCACUUACAAUGAUCGAAAAUACCGUUUCGCAAAGUUUGGCAAAUUUAUUAGGAAUGGGAGAGAAAUCUGGAGGUAUAACAUGUCCGGGUGGUGCUUUUUCUAAUCAACUUGCCAUGAUAACAGCACGAACUUUUAUGUUUCCCGAGAUUAAAACUAAAGGUUAUCAUGCUUUUAGAAAAAAAUUGAUGGUUUUCACUUCCAUCGCUGGCCAUUAUUCGGUUGAAAAAACGGCUAUGACGUUAGGUUUGGGUAUCGAUAGUGUGAUUAAAGUAUCAUGUGAUGAUCAAGGAAGGAUGAGGACCGAUGAAUUAGAACAUCUGAUUAAACAAUCUUUCCAACGAGGAGAAAUGCCAUUCUUCAUUAAUGCUACAGCCGGUACCACUGUUUUGGGGUCAUUUGAUCCAUUAUGUGAAAUAGGAAAAAUAGCUAAACGAUAUAAUCUCUGGUUUCAUGUUGAUGGGUCUUGGGGUGGUAGUCUUGUAUUUUCUGAAAAACAUAAACAUAUGAUAGAAGGCACUAACUUGGCCGAUACGUUGGUAUUAAACCCUCACAAAAUGUUAGGCACACCAUUACAAUGUUCAUUUUUGCUUGCAAGAGAUAAAAAAAUAUUUUCACAAUCAAAUUCGUUAGAAGCUGAAUAUUUAUUUCAUCAUGGGGAAGACGAUCUAGGUGACAGCACAGUUGGAUGCGGUCGUCGUCCAGAUGCAGUAAAAUUGUUUAUAGGUUGGAAAAUAUAUGGUGUACAAGGGUAUCAGAUACGAAUCGAGCACGCAUUUAAAAUGGCUAAAUAUUUAACAUUAUUAGUAAGAAACAAUCGUCGGUUUAAGUUAGUAUUAGAUGAACCGCCAAGUUUACAAGUUUGCUUUUGGUAUUUGCCUAUUGGGAUCAACUUUGACUUAGAAAAUAAAAGAUCUAUAGAGAUGAUAUCGAUUAUUACCAAAGAGAUACAUAGAAGGAUAAUGUAUCACGGAAAGUUUUUGUUUGAUUAUUCGCCAUCUACUCUGGGUGGAAAAGAAUUACCUUAUUUUUUCAGAAUUGCUUUGAAUGCGCCUUCAAUCUGUGAAAAACAUUUAGAAAAUUUGGUCAAUGAAAUUGAAAAGAUGGGAGAGGGCAUUUUAGAGUGGUUAGAAGAAUUUGGAGAUGUGAUUAAUG